AUGGCUACCGCAUCCUCCCUCCGUGCAGCGCCACAGAAAUGGUCUCUGAAUGACCUCAGCUCCGAGCUGCUGGCUCUCAUCUUUGAGCAGCUCCGAGAAAUAGACGAGCGCGCCCUUGCAACUGCGCGAUGCUUGUCCAGACGCUUCGAGGCGAUCGCAACUCCUGUCACCUACCGUACAAUUUGCCUCAACGAGCGCAUUGUUGCCCCAGACGCCGAAUCGCGGUAUCCCAACCUCUUGCGUAAUGUGUCGUCCUACACGAACCACGUCGUCACACGAAGCGAUCUUGACCCUGACGGCAUUCGAAGGGUGCUAGACAGGGUCCAAAGGUUAAAGACUGUGCGGUAUGCCACAAUGGGUCUCCACAGCCCUCGUGAGCAGUUUGCUGACGAUGUUACUAGGUGGCACUAUGUCGACGCUGAAUUCAGAUCAGGGCGUCUCUGGCUCCCGUCGGAUGUUCUCAACCCCCAGCAAACGCGAUUUAAUGGCACGAAACUGUUCGUCGAGGACCUGCCCCUGCGAGAAUUUGAGGGACAAUUACGAGACACCUAUGUCCGAGCGAUUCCCACAGACCUUCUGGUCUCGCUCAAGCUUGCGAGCCCUGCUCCACCGCUCACGACACGAUUGAAUUCCCUCAAACAGCUGCUCUUGCUCUCCCGCCGCCUAGAGACAUUCCACUACGAAGAUCGUGGGCAGGGGACAAAUUUCAAAUUCGCACAAGGAGAGCGCAUGCCCCCACUGAAAGAUUUGGCUCUCAAAUCAUAUGACUGGAACCAUUCGAAGGAGGACACCCGAUCCCAUUGGGACUUUACUCAGCUCGAGUCGCUCGACCUUAAAUACGUGCCCGUCUUCAACUUCCUGUCGUCCGUGGAUUUCCCUGACCUGGCGGGCUUACGACAGUUACACUGCGAAGACUUUAGCGCCCACCUAGUUGACAAACGACAAGAAGCAACCGGCGGCUUAUACUUAUUGGUGGCUAAUCACAUCCGGGCUCUACAGACCCUCAAUGUGACGUGCCACAUCCAGCUCUUCCCGCUAGAUGGCAUCUUGAGACAUGGCGAAUCUCUUCAGGUGCUCAAGUUCCGCGACCACAUGGGCUUUGGAGAAGAGGAUCGGCGGUGUCCGACACUCUGGGCUGAGGAUAUUGCGACUUUGGCGCAAGGUCUCCCACAUGUGCACACGCUGGAGCUGGACAUGGACGUGGCCCUAUGCGACCCGACUGAGUUCCUUCGUGCUCUCUGCAGCUUCCGCAGCCUGCAAACACUCACUCUACAUGUCCAGACGGUUCUUCAUGCUCUCGAGGUGGUCCACCCAGGGAUGGACCGCGACUACGACGCGGCCUUACGCACUUUCCAGUUGCUGCUGCGAGAGAGGCAGCUCGCGACCCCCGACGUGCCUUGGAAGCAAAUCACGAUCAAUGUGGGCGGAUGGCGCAAAGUAAUGGUCCGUCGCUUCAGCGCCGCCUGGCGUCGUCAGAACGAGAACGGUGUCUACGCCGAGCGAUGUUUUUUGCUAGAGCGGACCGAGAACGGCCAAAUGGCAUACCGAGAGGAGAUGAGCAUCGAAGGCCGCUCAUCAACACCAACGCCUGACCCUCCGACACCGAGCAUGGACACCGAAUACGAGUAA